CAGUGUGUGUGGCGCGCGCUCUGUUUCUCAUUAUGCGUCUCUGUGGGGCCCUCUUCCCUAAAUCUUGAACCCUCUCUGCCACCCUUGUCUCUUCGUCUCCUCUUCCUCCUCCUCCUUCUUCUUCUUCUUCUUUUUCUUUGUGCCUCCACUCCACCAUUUCCUAACAUAGCUGGCAUGUUUCGCAUUCAAUCGAUUCAGUUUCAAUUUCAACGCUAUCUCUCUAUCUAUCCAUCUAUACACAACACACCUUUUCUUUUCUUUUAACGUAUCACCAUAGCCCCGUGACUCACACAUACAUUAUACAUUCACCUUUUUCUUUCUAAUCGACGCCUCAUUCAUACAUCACAUGUCCCUUUAUAAAUUAUUAUUUUAUUUUCGUUAUUAUUAAAUAUAUAUAAAUAUCGCUCUCUUUUCAUAUAUUUUUUUUCAAGUGCAGACUGCAGCAGAGUGAGGUCUCAGUCUCAGUCUUAGUCUCAGUCUAUAGACGACGGUUUUCUUUUUUUUUUUAUCCUCACUUUUUUCGGUGUCUCUGACUGAGUCAACUCGCUCCGAUUCCACUCGCUGCUUUCGUCUUCUCCUUCUUCUUCAAUGGAGUUUCGUUCGGUUAAACGGAUCCUUCUCACGUUAGCGGUUUCCGUCUUCUCCUUCGCGACACUCGUUACUGUUCUUCGCCUCGUCAACGACCUUGGUUGUGGUGACUGUAAUGGCGCCGGAACCGGAACCGGAACUGGAACCGCCAUGUCGGUGUCUCUGAAUGUGGAGGAGGAAGGAGCCAACGUGCACCGCAAGCUUCUUAAUCAUCGUAGUAGUAAUGUGGCAGGCACAGGCACUGGAGUGGUGGAACCUAACAGAAUAUGGGGUGACAACAAGUGCAGCAAAUCAGAUAUAGUGAUAAGCCAAGGUCCCACGGCCCCACUACCGAGUGGGAUACCAACAUACACAGUUGAGAUAAUGAACAUGUGUGUCAGUGGCUGUGACAUCUCAAGGAUACACCUCACCUGUGGCUGGUUCAGCUCUGCAAGGCUCAUCAACCCCAAAGUCUUCAAGAGGCUUAGAUACAACGAUUGCCUUGUUAAUGAUGGAAGGCCUUUGCUCAAUGGUGCAACCAUUUCAUUCCAGUAUGCCAAUACCUUCCUUUAUCCUCUCUCUGUUUCUUCUGUGUCCUGUAUUUGAUGAAUUCUGUCAACAACCCUUUAUAUUGAUGAAUGAUGACACAUCACUACCACCACCCACCAUAGGCACA